CCGUCCUCGCCGCAUCGCACCUCGUCUCAUUUCUCUGCCUUUUGCUGCUCUGCACGACCUAUGCGCUUAUAACGACACACACGCCACGCCGCCGUGGCCCAUUCUCUCCCCACCACCAUGUCCAACAACACGUCCCCCGUCCCCUCGUUCCCGGGCAGCACGGAGCCCCCGCCGCCCGACGCCGCCGCGGCGCGGUGCCACCUCCUCGGGCCGACCGCGCUCGUCGUGCAGGCCAUCAUGGGGGUGAUUGUCAUUUCCAGUCUUGUCGUCAAGCGCCAGCUGGAAAAACGCAAGCGUAGAUGGCGCGUGUGGAUCCUCGACGUCGGCAAGCAGCUUGUCGGCCAGGCCGUCCUGCACGGGCUGAACAUUUUAAUAUCGAGCGUUGUCGCCCAUGCCAAUGUCGGCGAGGACGUCAAGAACCCGUGCUCGCUGUACUUCUUAAACAUUCUGAUAGAUACGACCAUUGGCGUCGGCAUAUUCUACGUCGCACUCAAGGGGUUCACCUGGCUCUUUGCGACCCACUACGGCCUGGAAGGGUACAAGAGCGGAUACUAUGGCAACCCGCCGCAGUGGCAGCUGUGGGGGCGGCAGCUGCAGCCGUACCUGCUCGCGGUGGUGACGAUGAAGCUCAUCGUGCUUCUGCCGCUCACGCUUCCUAAAAUCUCCAACGUGCUCAUCCGGUGGGGCCAGAACCUGCUAUCCUGGCUAUCCGUCGACUCGCAGGUCAUCUUUGUGCUCGCCAUCUUCCCCGUCAUCAUGAACGUGUUCCAGUUCUGUGUCAUGGACCAGCUCAUCAAGGCCGGCAAGGGGGCCGAAGCAAAAGACGACCAUGACUCGGACAACUAUGACGAUGACGACGAUGAGGAGGGAUACCGGCCGCUGCCUACACGCGAGACGGACGUCGAGGCGUCGUUCGCCAUGGUGUCCCCACGGCACCGGAACACGAGCUUGCGGGAUAGUGACCGACCGGGAGGGCUCAGGUCACGUAGCGGCAGCCGGAGCAGCAUUGCGCCGAUCAUCACCACCUCGCGGUCGAGUUCAGUAACAGCCUCGGCGCCCACGUCCCCGCUCUACCCCCCAGCAGCGCAGGACGACGCAACAGGCCAAAGCGUCUGGAGCGCCGUGGCACACCAGCAACGGCGGAGCUCAAACGCCACAGACGACGACAGCGGGCUGCCGUCCCGCCAGCGCCGCUCGGACGCGCCGUCGCCCGACUCGAACGCCGCCUGGGUGCACGACGGCCAGUUCACCGAGUCGCCGGUGGACGGGCUCGCGCCGCAGUCGCACCCCCGCUCAUAGUAAUGCUCGUAUCUGGCGGUUGUACAACAUGCAUUGUGGUGU